AGAACGCGCUCAGUCUCAAACACGCCUUGCACGAAGAAAGCCAUGGCUCACUCUGCUGUUGCUUCCGUCUUAAUUCUGAGCUUGAUUUCCCAGAUUGAAGGAUUUCCGAAUGGGGCUCCGCCAAGUGCCUGCUCCAGCAUGACACCUGGACAUGGUGUCGCUACUCAACAAAGUUCAUCUCCAUUCAUAACGACCUCAACUAAAGGGGAAAUUGCUUUGCCGGGCACUUCCGUGCAGCUGGAACUACGCCCUCAAAAUGGUGACACUCCUUUCCGAGGUUACUUUGUUAUGGCGUUCGAUCGAAAUGAUGAUUCUAAACCGAUCGGCACGUUUCAAGAACCAAGGGACGGCAAAUUAAUUGAUUGUUCCGGUGGCAUGCAGAACGCUGUCACGCACAUCAACAACAGCGACAAGAAAUCAGUGAUCAUCGAAUGGAUGCCCCCUCCCAAUUACUCUGGACAAGUCGUGUUUAAGACAACAUUUGUGCAAAACAAGAUGACAUUUUGGGUCAAAACGGAAUCAAAGGUCGUCUCUGUCGUGACAGAAACACAGGGCUCACCAAGAAUGGUACCUAAACCGGCAGGCAGUUCUGCGUCGCAAGUCAAUUACAUUUUAGGCAAUUUGGUUUCUCUCUUUUUGAUGGCUAUUUCGGUGCUGUAACGUUUCGCCAUUUCUCUUUUCGCUUGCUUGUUUUAUUGUCAUCGAUAUAACACACACACCUUAAUCUACUGCU